GGACGAGCCCGUGACAGCGUGAUACAAGCGAUCAACUUUUGGCAGUCGGAAACGUGCAUCAAUUUCCGUCCACGUACGAACGAACGUCAAUUUGUCGAGUUCAUUGGGAACGACGACGGUUGCUGGAGUACCGUCGGAAAAGACGAAGCUAUCGGGCGUCAGGUGGUCAGCAUCGGACGAGGAUGUGAACCUUUUGGGGUUACCUCACAUGAACUGGCUCAUUCGUUGGGUGUUUUUCACGAGCAGUCACGGUAUGAUCGCGAUGCGGUUGUGCAGCUCAAUCGUAAUGUUGUCGAUCCAAAUCUUCUCUUCAACUUUGCAAAGAUUGGCCCAAAAGAACUCAAUACAUAUGGGAUACCGUACGACGUCGGCAGUGUUAUGCACUACACUCCAACAGAGUUAGUUCUUUUUUCUGAAGAAAAAUUA